GUUGUUUUGACCAUCUUAUCGGCGUGUUCGAUUAUUCAGUUGGCCGGUCCAUGCUUUCGUGUUAUCAUGGAGUUCAGUUCGUUUUAUUUAACUCCUAGACGUCGAUUCAAGUAUUCUGAUGAUGGUAAGUUUUAAAGGAAACAGCAGGGGUCAAUUUAAUAAAACUUUUACAAGUGUAAUUUACGAGUGUGCUUAUUGUUUUAGGGUCCCAAAACAAUAGCAACAUGUACACUUGUAUAAAUUACACUUGUACAAGUUUUUUAAAAUUGACCUCAGAUUAUAUGCGUUAGGUUAUAAGAAAAGGGUCACAUUUUUAUACAUUUUGCUGUUUGGUAUGGAAAUUGUCCAGUAGACAGAGUAGACCACAACAUGCUGGGGGAAUCGGUUAAAAGGUUAUGCAAAGACGCUGGAAUUGAAGGUCGAUUCACAAACCAUAGCCCGCGUGCGACAACGUCCCGGGGACUGCAGAAAGGAAUUCCAGAUAAAUUUAUAAUGGAGCGUACCGAGCAUAGAGAUGUUAGGCCAUUGCAAAAAUUAUCAACGCCCAGAUACUUCAAGUAAGAUUGAGAUUUCAAAAGAACUGUGACUGUCAUUUAUUGUUUACAGCUUUGUUGGAAAUUAAGUUAAAUUGCGCUAGUGAAGGCCAGAAUUUUAAGUCUUCAGAAACAGCAGGGUUGAAUUGCAAUUAAUUGCAACUAGAACUUUUUUGAGAAUUAACUUCCAUUACUUUUUUCGAUUUGGGUUUGCUUGUAUAAAAUCCCUCAGUCGAGGGAUUUAUCUGUGUAAAAUCCCUCGUUUGAGGGAUAUAUAAAGAUAAAUUACUAAUUAAUAGUUAUGAAUUCAACUCUGCAACCCCGCUCUUUCCUGCUACGUUAUCAAGCCCUCCUCGGACUUUCAGUUUGUUGAAUAUUCAAGAGAGUUGUACGUUUAAUAAAGGUUGUUGAAUAACAAAACAAAACGUGUGAAUCAUGAAAUAACUAAAAUUAAAAACUUCGAAAAAAAGAUCUUUUAUCUGUGAAGGACAAGCAACAAAAGCUAACAAAAUUAAAAACGGCCCAAAGUUGUCAAAAAUAACAAUUAUAUCAGGCUAUCAAGUAUACGAGGUAUUCGUUGUAAUGCAUUGUUACCAGGGCAUGACUGCUUGUUGCACAUUUGUUUUUCCCUCUUAGCUCCCUGACAAGGUUUUCCACCAUAACUUGGGGAUGGUCGUGUACAGUUUCGAGAACGUUCCUGCGAACCAAUUCCACAACUCUGAUUACAGGAAGUCCAGCUACUCCAACUUGACCACCCACCAUUCACUAAAGGAAAAAGGCAAAAUCAAAGAAAUCAAUCAAUCCACAAGAACGAGUAGGAGAGGACCCAAAUUAAUCUUUCAGGAUCAAGAGAUUGAUUUAAAAGUACUUGUAACGAAUUUGAAUUGUUAUGAGUUAAAGGGUUUCCUUUUCUCUUCUUUCUUCGGGCAUCCAUGUACUAAAUUUAAGUCACCCCUGGAUUGAAUUACACUACUUCAGUCCCCUUUAGUAAAUUCAAAGGGGUACGAGUGGAUCGACUUCGAUUGGUACUGAUGACCCAUAAGACAUAACAGGGAGUCAUGUCGCUUAAAAAGUGAAUUUGCGUUCUUUCUGUCUUAAGAGCGAUUAUUCCUAUCCACUUACUUUGUCAAACUGAAUGUCAAACUCUCCUGAAGCUGAAUUUCGAGUAACUGAUAUCCAAGCUCAGAAAGAGAAAUAAAAUUUCGUCGUUGCUUGUUUACGUCCUCCAUAAAGCGCGAAACUGGGCUUUUUCGCGUCGUAGUCGUGCAACAGCGGCAAAGAAACAGCCUCCUCCUCAGGCGCUUCGUUUUUCGCAUGGCAGAGGCGAGCGCGAAACGCGAGUGACUGGUGAUGAACCGCAAGGAACCAUGGGAAGGGUACAGACGGCAGGCGAAGCGCGUCUUGCCCGUUGUCUCCUUCCCGCUUUCCUUUGCGCGCACAUUUUCAUCGAAAGAGAGACGUCUGGGUACGAGGCAGGGAAAGAAAUGUACAGAAAAGUGUGAUGCACGUGCGAAGUUGUUGUUUUCCUUAUUAAACCUUUUUUUUUUGUUUUUGUUUUUUUUGACGUUCCCGUUGCCGUCCGCGUCGUUGGAUCUUAAAGUCCCUAACAGCAAACUGUGGGAAAACACUGGACAUCACAAGUACUUUGCAAUAGUUUGUAAUAACAUGACCGCUUACCCGGACACUGGUGUAAGUCGCACGCUUGAGAUUGCUUAGAUGGUCCAGCACAAGGUAGUCCACCAUUGCUAGGCGUUGGAUUUAUGCAGCUUCGUGUACGGUUUUGUUCGCCUUUUCCACAGUUUUUACUGAAAGUCCCCCAUGAACUCCAACUCGACCAACCUCCAUUGACUAUAUAUAAAAAGAUCAACGAAUAACGACGAAACACAAAGAUUAAUGUAUGAGCAAGCAAACGAAAUGAAAACUUCAGUUAAAGAAUGAAUGAUUCAAAGUUAAUAGACAUAAAUCAUUUAUAAAACGAAUGCUGUAUGAGUUAGGUUUCAUUUAAGGUUCUGAGAACCUAGUCAAGGCCCUUCUGACAAAACCCCUGGUAUGACUUCGCAAAGAGUAUUCUGAUUAUCGCACAAAAUUAAUUGGAUUAUUUAUUUUUUGGGUCGGUUAUUGAAACGAAGUCUAUAACUUAGGCCGCGGUUUAAGAAAUCACUGGACCCACAGAUUUUUUUCUUGGUGGGUUAAUUUAAGAAUAUAAGUGCGUUUCUAUAGUCUACGCUAUAUGCUUUAUUGAAAUUGUUCACAAUAAUUGGUGUUUCAGUAGAUAAGAGCAAUAUUGCUCACCUUUCUCACAGCAUCUUCCACUGAAACCUUGUUUGCAACUACACCAAAUAUCUUUCAGAGUCCCACCGUUAUAGCACCGCUGAUUGCAACUCCUGAUCUGCACAAGAACGUCCAAACGAUAUAGAUAUGGGGAAAAUCCAAAGAAAUUGGUCAGUUUAAACGCUCGGCGUUGGCGCCAUUGCCUUGCCAUUUUACCGCACGAAAAAGUGCAAUCAAUCCACCGUGACCAGGAAGUCAAUGCCCAAUCUCUUAACGAACAAAUUGGAGGAGUUUGUGUGCGCGACUGCUUCCACCCUUGAGAAUCAUCCAGCAUCACAAGAAAAAGGGCAAGGAUAAUCAAACGCAGUCUUGGAGCCAUUGUUCCGAUCUUUUUAUCAAAACGUGGUGAGGUGAUUUUUUUUAGCUAAAAGAGACAGUGUAGCUGAAUAUGCAAGUCGAAUAUGUUUUGUUUGUUAAGCCUGAUUUCAACUAAAUUCACUUAUGAGCUUUUCUUACCUCGUACUUGUUACUCAGCAUUGCCUGACUAACUGAAUGACUGUUAACUUUUUUUUGACUCUUUUAGCUUGGAGUCUACGUGAUGUUUGUCUUACCAAUGCUGCUGAACUACGAGGUUAGUAGGCGAGAACUGAAAACUUUAUUUCGAAUAUUAGCAUAACCAAAAUAAUAAAUUUUCAAAAGGCUAUUCUUUUUUUGUCGAGGAAUACUGUAAUCAGCUAUAAUUUCCUUCUUUACCUUAGAAAAUGCUACUUUGAUAUUGACCUCUGGUGCUGUCCUCAAUUGAUUUAAUAAGUUACCAUUUCUUAGACCUAAAAAUGAGGACUUUAAAAGACGAGUUUGAGUAA